AUGGGAUUUUGGUUCUUUGGCGCCAACAAGAAGAAUCGCAAGCGCACGAAUACGGAAACAGAACACACAACUUCUUUGCUCGAGAAGUCGGACCCGGCGCCGAUGGCUCGCAACGAUGGCCCCACUCCUCAGCAAGGCAAUCCCAGGAUUGCCAGACAGGAGCCUGCGCAGGGUCGAGACGCUGGAGCACGAAAACUCUCAAAGCCACGUCCACCCCAACAUUCAUAUGCAUCGCCAGUAGCCGGGUCCCCUCAUGCACGAGCUACGCCUAUACCCCGCCGCAACUCUUACACUACCCAGAACAUGUCACAAAGUAGCAUUGGACCGGAGAAUUUCAGCGCGGCUUCUCAAUUGCCAACCCUCCACGCCACUCGCCCAAACUACGACCCCACGAUGCCUCGAAAGAAGUCGAGCAAGAGAAAAGCUGACGAUCAUGCCCGGGAGAAAGAGUUGAGAGCCAUGAGCGCACCUAUUCCUAUACCGAAGCCUAAGAGGCCUGCGACGUAUUCUGGGUCUGGGCCUUUGCAGCGCGAGACGCGACAUGUGCCUGGCGAUCUUAGGAGGCCUUCAUCGCAAGUGUCGCUACCUAUACCCGAAAACAUCAGCGAAACCGACGAGUCUCUGUACCAGAACAGUUUCAAGAUUGGCGUUCUCGCAGCGCUUAGUCCUAGGCCCACAAUCAGGUAUAACGGAAGAAGUCGAAGUAGCCUCGGCAAACAGCCGUCACGGAUGGACCCAGUGCAGCAAUCCAUCGAGGAGGAAUAUGUCAGCCCAUCGAAGAAGCGCAUAGAUGACUUGGCGGACGGUCUGGAUUCUGCAGGCCUGCGUGAGCUGAUGGAACGCGACCGGAAGCGCCGCGAGAAAAAGAGGGACAGUGAGAAGCUCAAGUUACAGCGCAAGCUCCAGCGCCGUGCCGAAAAGCAGCGCGAAGAAGACACGAGAAGAGCACGAACGGAAGAAUUUGCGCGAACAUCUCAAGCGGAACUUCACCCACACCACCCAGCCGCCGCAGACGUACCGCCUAGGGCACCGGAGGCAUCUGCCCAGCCGGUCGACCCGUUCUCCGAUCCAGCACCGACAAAACCAGUCACGAGUCAUGAGAUUCGCAAUCCAUUUGACGAUGAGGGAGACCUGGACGUCACGCAGGAGUCUUUUGACCAAAAGGACGAGGCUGAACCUCAUAUCUCUGUGAAGUCCCCAGGCCGCAAACCCGCAGAGGUACAUCAUUUGGAAGAGCCCAAGGCAUCUCAAGCGGCAAUCUCUCCACCUAGUUCACCUCUGCGCGCACCGUUAGACGAGCGCAAUUCAUCUCAAGCCUCGUUCAAAAAGGAAAACAUCUCACCUGAAGCUGCCGCCGGCCUCGAACGUGACCGCAAGGCACCAGACCAGAACGGACAGCAAGCAAGUUCUUGGACUAGUUUCUUCAAACGUGGUAGCCGCCGCAAAGGAUCUGCUCCUGACCGCAGCCGGGGCACACCAUCGGAGUUCUCAAACACCAGUCGAGAAUCUUUCGCUCGCAAACCACCACCGCAACUGAUGCUUUCGCAGAGAACUUUUGUACGCUCUGGCUCGGCUACUCCACAGCGAACGAUGUCAAAAUUCAAGGAAGAUCUACCGGAGUAUCCCACACCACCGGACUCGAGAUUACAGUCCCCUGAAAUAACAAGUGGUCAGCCUGUAAACAUCACGUCACCUACGGCAAGACAUCUUGUUCGCUCACAAUCGGGAACGCUGGACGAAACCAACUCCAGUGCCCCCACUCUAGAACGAGGCCGGCCAGAUAGUCGAGUGCAGUCUUUGAUGUCGGGAGAUAGUGAAUUCGCUGGUCAUGCCCUUAGCCAGUCCCUUGCGUCGGUGGACUCGGAGGGCUCGUGGCUUUCGGGGAAACCGGUUAAACGACUUUCUGGUCCUAUGAGUCCUAUGCAUCUGGAGUUAAACCAGAAGCCAGAUGAGAUGGAGGAGGCACUUGCUUCAGACGACUACCUUAGCCGCCUUUCACCAGAGCCGGACGAGAGGCGUCGGUCUACUAUUUCAGCACGACGAGCAAGCAGUACCGUUUUAGAGACUCAGAAAGAAGAAUCCGUGGCCCAACCAGUUCCAGCGAUGUCACGCACCUUGAAUCAAGGAGAGACAUGGCACGGAAGUGUGGGCCGCCAGCCCACCGUCAUUAAGCCUGCGACCCGCGCAAAGUCUCGAGAGGGUUUACUGAAGGAUUUCCAAUCAGCCGAUGCCGGCGCUAUGAGCGAAGAUGAAGACAAUGAGUCGCCAAAAAGCGAAGAAGAAAUGACCAUCAUGCGUGCUCGCAGUGUCGACUAUGGCAAAGGUCAUGCCCGGAAGAUCAGUGCCGGAAGUGCCAAGGUACUCGAUAUCAGAAGAGCGUCCGUGCACUCGGUGAAUUCGCAACGCGCGAAUGCCAUUGCAGCGCAGGAGACGAUUCCUCAGAAAUGA